UGAAUAACUAGCUCAACAAAACUUAUUUACUUCAGAAUCUUAAAUAGCAUAGGAAAGUCAUCGUUAAGAGAUUUACUACAUAGAAAAUUUUUAAUUUAUAUUUUGCAUGAUUUACACAAGUAAUAUAGUUGAAUAUUUUUGUUUGUAUAUCAUCCAGCUAAUUAAACAAUAGAUAUUAUUCGACGCUCCGCAUCCUUGGCCUUAAUAAUUUAAACAGAAUUUGUCCUUGGCAGGAUACCAAAAUCAUUAAAAAUCAUCUUUCUACCUACAUUUCUCAUUCAAGACAAUACAGAUGAUGCGUUUAAAUAUGUAUUUUUUUCUAUUACCAUUUUUUGUGUUCGUGAAGAUUGUUAAAACAGAUUAUUUUACCUCUGUUGUGGGAUUAGAGAAACUGUUACACUCCAAAAUAGAAGUUGUUAAGGCUAUAGAAGAUUAUUUAACGGCGGAGGAGGAUAGAUUAAGAAUGAUUAAGUUUAAGAAGGAGGAAUUUAGAACAUUCAUAGAAAAAGCGGCUCCAAAUUGGGAAGAAUUUCUACAAAAUCCAGUUAAUGCGUAUUUGUUAGUUAAACGCUUAAAUAUUGACUGGAAGAAUCUUGAACAAUUAAUGAUAAAUUCCAGAAAUGACGAUUCUAUUGACAUUUUAAAGAAAAAGAUAAGAUUCCCAGACGAUGAUGAUUUAGCUGGUGCCGCUGAAGGUCUUGUCAGGUUACAAAAAAUGUACAAGUUAAAUACCUCUUCUUUAGCAGAUGGUUACAUACUAAAUAAAUUUUCUUCGCAGAAAUUAACAGCUGAUGAUUGUUUCGAAGUUGGAAGACAUUCGUAUAGUGUAGGAGAUUUUUAUUAUACAUGUUUAUGGAUGAGAGAAGCGUUGAGAAGAUUGGAUUCGGAGAUUACGAAAUCUACUAACAGAGAAGAAUUAUUGGAAUUGUUAGCAUAUUCAACUUAUAUGAAAGGAGAUAUUGAAGAAGCUUUAAAGUAUACUCUUCAACUAUUAGAGAUCGCUCCUGAAAAUCCCCGUGCACAAAAUAACAAACAAUAUUUCGAAGUGUUACUUCUGAAGGAUGAAAUUCAAAGUACGAAGAAAAUAGAAGAAAAUUUGGUUUGUGAUUCCGAAUACGAAAAAUACCAAAAAUUAACUGAAAAGUUAUGCAGAGGAGAAAAAAAUUUGUCAAUUGAAGAACAAAGUAAGUUAAAGUGUAGAUUAUUCACUAACAAUGAUGGCUACUUGAUCUUGCAACCUCUUAAAGAAGAAGAAUUAUACCUUCGUCCGAGGAUCGUCGUUUAUCACGAUUUCAUGACCGAAACAGAAAUGGAAACAAUUAAAAGAUUAGCUAAACCAAACUUAAAAAGAGCUGCAGUAACAUCAAGAGACGAGAGAGGAGAAGAAUUUUCUAAUACCAGGAUCAGUAAAAGUGCAUGGCUUAAGGAUUCCGAUCAUUCCAUCGUUGAUAAAUUGAGCUUUAGGAUACAAUGUGCAACAGGACUUUCUCUUCUAACCGCAGAGGAAUUACAAGUAUUAAAUUACGGCAUAGGAGGACACUAUGAAGCUCAUUUUGAUUAUUCCCGAGAAGACGAAGCAAUCAAUAAACUUACUAAAUACUAUGGCGAUAGAGUCGCAACAUGGCUGAACUAUAUGAGUGACGUAGAAGCGGGUGGUGCAACUGUAUUUCCAGAAAUUGGUAUUUCUGUUCAGCCCGAAAAGGGUUCGUCACUCCUAUGGUAUAAUCUUCAUAGCAAUGGUACCGGAGACUAUCGCACUCGUCACGCUGCUUGUCCUGUACUACUUGGUUCAAAAUGGGUAUCAAAUAAAUGGAUACGUGAACGAGGACAGGAAUUUAGAAGGCCUUGCUCGUUAAACAACGAAUAAAAAUAUAAUCAUUUGUAUUUUCUAUCUAUAAAUGAAGAAUUACACACCUAUUUUGUGUGAUUUUUAAGGGUGUUAACUACCAUUAUGUCACUGUGGGCGGAGAGAUAGACCUUAAAUGGGUUUAUUGAACUCCGAAAUAUUUUCCUAAACUAAAAAAAAAAAAAAUUAACUCAUCUUGUUAAGAUUUGCUUCUUAUUUAGUAUAUGAAAUUCUAGUUUUAAAAAAUUCAUCACGAACAAAAUGUCACGCUAUGUAACUUUGACUUAAAUAGGACAUAGGUCAAGGCGGAAGAUGGUAUAUAACUCGUUUAUUUACUUUAUCUUUGAACUUAAAAAUUCUAAUACAAGACCCGAUGACCGAGAUACCGUCUAGAAAAAAUUUUAC